CGUUUAAUGCGGGUAGGACGUCGAACUGGAAUCAAGGAUUUUUCGUUGUUUAACCACCAAAUCGAGAAGAUUAAUUAGUGCACAUCGUUUGUUUUUCGUUUGGAAAAAUGAAAUACUAGUUUUGCGAGAUUUCGGAUAAAUGCUCUACUAACGUAGUGAGGUAUUUCCUGCUAUCUUGUGAAUUUCCAACGUCUUCGUUUGACAGAUUGUCGGUGUGUGUAUGCGUUCGUUCCACGUGAAUUCUUUGUUUGGGCACCGGUCAUGUUUCUGACAAGCAUUGAAAUUGUGAGGUGGUAGCAGUACCCUAGUAUAUGGGUGGCCCUCCGUCGGUGAUGGCGGGGAAAGAUGGGAAGGUGGAGCCAAAAAGCGGAGACGUGGUGAGGCAGGGGUUCAUGGUGAAACGUUCUCAAAAUAAGAAACGUUUCACUCCCGUCAACUACAAACAACGCUGGUUCGUUCUGACCAGACGCUACCUCGUCUACUACGACGGCGAUGGAGAGCGACGCAAGGAACGAGGUAGAAUCGCGGUCGAGAGCGUCCACGUGGUUGAAACGGCGAGCCUCGGGAGCAACGCCGGCGGCGUCGGCGGCGUCGGCAGCGUCGCCAGCGACGUGGCAGGCAGCGAAGCAGGAACAGGCGGCGGCGGUGGAGGCGGAGGGGGUGGAAUACCACCUGGGCUACCCUUCCAGGUGGGCUAUCGAGAAGCCGGCCAAGAGUACACGCUCUACCUUCUCGCCGCCCGCGAGCAGGACCGCGCCGAGUGGAUUCGUGCCAUCCGUGCUGUGUGCAGCGAGAAUCCAGGCUUGAGCGGUCGUUACCACGCGGGUUUGUGGAGUGGAAAGCGUUGGUCCUGCUGUCGCUUGACGACACGUUCCGCAGAGGGUUGCGAUACUUGCAGCUCCUGGUCCUCGAAACCGUUGAACGCAACGAACCCGUCCUCGACGUCCACUUCGAGCUUCACCUCCGCCACCGGAAGUACCAUCGCUACCUCCACCACCGCCGCCAUAACCGAUCGACCACAGACGACCAACUCCGAGGCCAACAACAAUCCCAUCGUUCAUUCGCAGGCUCGUUCGACAAUCGGGACCCCCUCGACACCAAUAAUGCCAGGGGGCACACCUGGGACCCCGUCAUCUAAAACGAAGGAUAAAAUAAUGAUGAGGACGAAGGUCGUGGUAGCUCUGUAUCCUUUUCGAGCGAUCGAAGGAGGCGAUCUGUCCCUCGAAAAGGGUGCGGAGUACGAAGUGCUGGAUGAUUCUCAGGAACAUUGGUGGAAAGUCAAAGACGAACACGGAUCUAUCGGUUACAUUCCCAGCAACUACGUCAAAGAGAAAGAACUAUUGGGCCUUCAGAAAUACGAGUGGUACGUUGGUGACAUGUCCAGACAACGCGCGGAAUCAUUGCUCAAACAGGAAGACAAAGAAGGAUGUUUCGUUGUUCGUAAUUCCUCUACCAAAGGGCUUUACACUCUUUCGCUCUACACUAAAGUCCCGCAUCCACACGUGAAACACUACCAUAUCAAGCAGAAUACGAGAGGAGAAUUUUAUUUGUCCGAGAAACAUUGUUGCGGUUCGAUACCGGACUUGGUAAAUUAUCACAGGCACAAUAGCGGUGGUUUGGCCAGUCGAUUGAAAACUAGCCCUUGCGAUCGUCCUGUACCGCCAACUGCUGGUCUCAGUCAUGAUAAAUGGGAAAUAGAUCCAGCAGAGUUGCAUCUAUUGGAAGAACUUGGUUCAGGGCAAUUUGGAGUUGUACGAAGAGGAAAAUGGCGUGGUUCUAUAGAUGUUGCUGUGAAAAUGAUGAAGGAAGGUACUAUGUCUGAGGAUGACUUUAUAGAAGAAGCUAAAGUAAUGACGAAACUUCAACAUCAGAACUUGGUGCAAUUGUACGGUGUUUGCAGUAAAGAUAGGCCAAUAUACAUCGUCACCGAAUACAUGCGACAUGGAUCUCUACUUAACUACCUCCGUCGUCAUGAAGCAACAUUAGGAGCUAAUGUGGGCCUACUUUUAGAUAUGUGCAUACAGGUUUGCAAAGGAAUGGCUUAUUUGGAAAGGCAUAAUUAUAUCCACCGAGAUCUUGCUGCGCGCAAUUGUUUGGUCGGCUCAGAAAACGUAGUAAAAGUUGCUGACUUUGGAUUGGCAAGGUAUGUCCUCGACGAUCAGUAUACCAGCAGCGGAGGAACCAAAUUCCCCAUCAAAUGGGCACCACCGGAAGUAUUGAACUAUACGCGCUUCAGCUCCAAAUCAGAUGUCUGGGCAUACGGAGUACUUAUGUGGGAAGUAUUCACGUGCGGAAAAAUGCCUUAUGGCCGCCUAAAGAACACCGAAGUUGUAGAAAGAGUGCAACGAGGAAUCAUACUAGAAAGACCUAAGGCCUGCUUCAAAGAAGUUUACGAGGUAAUGCGAAAAUGCUGGGCCCAUUGUCCGGAAGUACGACCCUCCUUCCGUGUACUGAAGGAGCAGCUGAUCAGCGUGUCUCAAGGUCUGCUCAAUGAUUGACUCAACCUUCUACGGUGUAUGCGCCUAUCGUCGCCUUCGAGCCGGUCAAUACAGGCGGCAAAAUCUCCAUCUCUCGAGCGAUCACCCUCGAUUCUGCCAUCCUCGAACAAUUCCACGUCAUCGUACAACUCGGCAACUCUACCGUCGUCUCGUAAGACUCGUGCGCCAGCCUCGUUACCGCCCUCGAUCGAUUUUCUACAUCUAUCGUCGUCCACGUGUAAAUUAAAGAAAGAAGGGUCAUCCUCACCGAGUACACCCGGCCACCAACCUAGUCAACCAUCAUCGAGCUCGUCGUCGAACGUCUGUGACAUUUGCAGUUCCUACGGCCAUCCGUGGAUCGAAAUUUGCAAGGCGAUACGAGCCACUAAAGGCAAAUAAAAAGUGUGUGUGUCCCGAAGUAUGUGUGUCGAUUUAAACCGAUUAUAUAACGCAGCUUACACGACAGAAAAAAGAAAAUAUUAAUACGACAUUAUUUGAACCUACACAGCACCGUGUCCCGUCCCAUUUUACUCGAACCUAACCUCCCCGCCAUCUGUCUCGACCAAACGUCUCGAAACCUGAUUCAAAUAAUAUUACUUUAGACGUUGCUUUUAUUUUUCGUCGAACGAAAAGAUCCGAGUGCACGAUGUGUCUUCUUUCUUUUUCGUUAGUUCGUGCCUUGUCCUAAUCCUUACCUAAUCCAUUCCAACGAUAAUCAGUUUCAAAAUACCCUACGCAACGAUACCGGAUGCAUUUACGAAUAGAACAGUAGUAUUUAUUGACUGUCCUUUUAAACGGGAUAUACUAGUAUGUUGUGAUUUUAUUUUUUUUUCUUUCUUGUUUCUCUGUAGAAACGUAUACUGUCCCUUUUGUUAUAUCGAUUUUUAACGAAAACCGUAAAGUAACUUCACGAACGAGAACAACAUUAUUUCUGCUUGAUAAAUAAAUUUAAUAAAUGAAUGUUUCACUUGUGUAUUAUAUACUAUGACGAUUUAAUAAAAUAGAAUAAAGAAAACUAAGCUGUUUUAUGUUGGUGGAAUUAUUUGUACAGUAAUCAAGAAUAGAUUCGUCUAACGAUCUUUCUUUUCGUCAUUAGGAUCAUCUUCAUAAAAUAAUCGUUUUAUUCUGAAUCGUAGUAAAUUAAUUCGGAACUACCUUAUACGAAAUAAAUAUAAACAUAUUUGUAAAAAUUCAGAUACGACGCUUUUCAAGCUAAUCUUUUAUCGCCUUUAUUUGAAUGAUAUAAAUUAAAAAGACUUGUUGCAAUUACAAUUAUUCACGCUACUACGUUAAACGUUUGAAUGUAAGUAUAGUUUGUUGAAAUUGACAAACUGAUCUACCUUUAGAACUUUAGAAAAAUUGCUAGAGGCUCUCUAAUCCAUUUUCGUGUCACAUGUGCCAUCUACUGGUAAAUAAAGGAUUUAACAGAGAAAAAAUGUUUUUUUUUAGAACACCCUGUACAGCAUGGCGUAGCAAAUGCUAAACUCUCUACUGAAGAAUAUAGCACCGUAUGCAUAUGUACACGGUAACUAGAGGAUCUUUAAAAAUAACGGAAACUAAUGAAACGAAUAAAAGUUCACUCAUUGUAAUAACUGUAAUGUUUAUUAUCACAAACUAUGAGUUAAAUCGUACACAGUAAUGUAAGAAAAUUAAUCAUGAUUUUUAUAGUUGCUUCCUUUUCCGUAAAUAAUUUUAUAUCAUUUUCACAAAUUAAUUACAGAAUCACACGAUGCCUAAAAAGUUUGCUGCAUGAAAUACAUGCACGAUCGACAGAACACAGAAGUCUGUAAUUAACGUUAUCUUAACCCGAUAAAAUGUUUGUCGUUUAAACAUACAAAUUUACGUUGACUUCAAGUUGCAAUACGAGUAAAAUACUUAAUCUAUAUGUAUAUAUAUAUAUAUAUUCUGUU